AUCCUUUGUCCCCCAUUUGUUUCCCCCACUUUCCCUCUAUAAAACCUCGUCUUAUACACUAUAGCGCGCGCUCUCAAUGAUCCUCGUCUCCGCCAAAAACCCUAAAAACCUGUAACAAAAAAUCAGAGACGGAGGCUUAGGGGAAUAGCAUCAAUGGCCAAGAAGCUGUGCACGAGAAGAGAGCUACUGGACCGAUGGAGAGGCAUUGAGGAAGAAGCAGACGAAGACGACGAUCGCAUUGAGCCUUCUAAACGUCACCGUCUUCACAAGAAUAAAGAACAAUGGUUUGCAGAUACAUUUAAUUUCUUGAUCUGUUUGCCAAAAGAAAAUCAUAUUUGGUGUGGGUCAUGGGAUUUAAUGGGGCCCCUUCUGGAGACAUUUUACAAUUAUUUUAAUGAUGAGCAUAGUGAUUCUCCUCUUAGACAACUAUGGAGGAGAAUCUCUGAGGAAAUGCGGCAAUGUAUCCAGUGCAUUUCCCAGCAUUAUCAGACCCAAGAAAUGUAUAGCACGGAAUAUGAGUCGAGUUCUAUUGGACCCCUUCUGGAUGUUUUGCGAAGGCUUGAUGAGGAAAGGGUGACACAACACUUGAUAGAGAUGAAUACUACAUUAGCUCGAAAGGAAUAUGAUCCUGCCCGUGAUAAUGCUGAAGUUGUUAGUGUCAUGUAUGAGGUUUUAAUGUUCCCUGUACUGUUGGAUGAUGGGUCCCUAUUCAUUGAAUUUGAAAAAUUUAUCGAAGCAGUUGAUAAUAUGCAUGAACUGGCCUUGGCUGGACAGCAGCAGUUUCCGGGUGUUUAUGCAUUAUUUUUCUUCAAAAGAAGAGUGCGCUCUGUUGGUCAUCGUUUAGCUGGUUCAAUGGGAAAACUGAGGAGAGCAGUAGACUUGGAACCCUUGCAGCCUUUGCUUAAAAAAUUCAUUGGCAUGUUGGAAACAGAAGUGUUACCAUCAACUUUGAAUACUUCAAGGGCCAGAGUGCAGCUGGACCGCACAUCCAUAUGGAUAGGAGUCAAAACUCUGCUUGGGUUCUUAGAACCUCCAGCUUUGGAAGAAGGGAUAUUAGAACGCUAUCCCAUUUUCCUUGAUAUUGUCCUCAAUCAUAUUAGUGGUGAUUCAUCAGAGUUCUCUCAUGCAGUUGCUUGCUUGAGAAAAAUCUUUGAAAUGCUCGGGUGUAAGCUCUGGUUGAGGUCUACAUUGGCUCCUGGCGUGAUGCGUGAUACUCUACUGGGUCAGUGUUUCCAUACUCGAAACGAGAAAAGCCAUAAGGACAUAUUUGAUCUUUUCCAGCCUUUUCUGCAGUCUCUUGAAGCUUUGCAAGAUGGGGAACAUGAAAAGCAGCGCAGGCAUUUUCUGUAUUUUCUCCUCCAUCAGGUGACUGUGAGCAGUAACUUCAGUGCCUUAACAAGACAAAGGGCUUGCCAGAUAUCGCUGCUUAUUGUACAUCGAGGUUACACAAUGAACCCACCCUGUCCUCCUUAUGAAUGUGCACAUAUGUGGGGCCCUUCGCUUGUGUCAUCUCUGAAAGAUUCUUUGCUUCACAGCUCACUAAGGCAACCUGCCUUAGAUCUCAUACAAACUAUCAUAGUGUCUGAUGCUGCUGCAUUAAUAAGUUCAGUGCUGAAUACGCACCCACCCCUUAGUUCUGGAAAAAACUUGUCUUUUCAGUUGAAUGAUGAAGAUGAAGACGGGGCUCCAUUAUCACUGGAUACUGAAGAGAAGGAUGCUAGUUCUUGGAGUGAAUUUAGCUUACAGGGCAAAAUUACAUCUCGGGAAUCUAGAGAGUGGAUGUGCAUUCCCAUGCUAUGGAUUGAUGUUCUUGUCGACACCAAUCUCUCAGUCCUUCCAAUAUCAUUUUCCAAGGCUGUUUUCUGGGCGCGAUCUCGUUUUUCUAUGGUAGAACCAGAGAGUAGUGCAGAAAUGGCUCUUCCAGUCAGAACCUGGCUUUCAUCCUCUGCUACAGAAAUAGCUCCAACCUUCGGGUGGAAGGUUCCUACUGGUUCUGACGAUGGGGGAGAGGGGAAGGAGUCAAAAAACUCGAUCAAAGUUUCAACAAUGCCUCUUCCUUUAGUUCGAAUGUUUAAUAGGUUAACAGCACAUUUUGUGGUUCAAGUGGGGCAGGGGGAACUUUGUAAGCAGUGGACAUGGGAACCAAGGAUGGGUGAAAGCUUGUUCCUUUCGCUUAUAGAUCCUGAUGAUAAUGUGAGGCAAUUUGGCAAGUGUAUCUUGGAACAGGUUUCCAAUACAAGAGGUCUUUCUUGUGGUUUGAAUUUCCUUUGUUCUCAUCGAUCUUCAGUGUCCGCUGUCUUUUUUGGCUUGAGACAUGCCGUGAAACUGGUCCAACUCGAUACUGUUGUAUUAAAUUUUCAGACUCUGCAUCAUUUUUUCUUUGUUCUUCGCAAAUUGCUUAAUGAGGGGGAUAUUCCAGAAUCUGACCACUUAAAAAUGGCAAGGUUAUCUUCCCAAGGUGGAUUUCUUAGGCAGCCAGUCUUUGAUCCACCGGCUGUGAAUGUCAGUGGGCAUCCGUCAAAUGUAGACUCAAAAUUACUGGGAAGGUUUUGUUACUUGCUAUCAGAAACUGCAUGGCCUUCCAUCUGUGGGUGCUUAUUAGAAGGAAAAGCUUUUAUUAAUAACAGUGUUUGUCAGAUGACUUGUGUCCGCAUACUCGAGAUCAUCCCUUGUGUGUUUGAACGACUAUACUUUUUUAGUUAUAAACCGUCCAGGAUUUCUGGAACAUUGGCAAAUACUUGUGACUUCUCAUGGCUUCAUGAUAUUAUGGAUUGGGGAAAGUCAUCACUUAAAGUUGUAGUCAUAUACUGGCAACGAACAAUCACCUCCUUGCUCAAAUUGCUGAAAGGGACACGUAACAGUGCUAUGGCAUCGACGAUCAACAUUAUCGAAAAAAUCAUUUCAUGUGACUGUGUUUCCAUGGAUGAAUUGAUGGAACAAGUGUCGCUCCUCUCUGUCUCUUUGUCGAAGGAAGCUUCCUCUAGUAUUGGAAAGACCAACAUCCAGUCAAAGGGUUUAUUCCCUGAAGGCCUCUCUCUUGAGAAGAAGUAUUCUGUUCCAGAUGUGAAAAACUUGUCCAUUGAGGAUCCAGAUGUUCAAGUCCCGCACUCUUCCAUGGAGGAUAACAGAAAGCAUAGUAAUAAUAUGAUUGUCCUUUCUGAUGAUGAAACUGAAGUAGUUUUACCGAGUGAGGCAGUUUUAUCUGAUACUAAGAUGAGUCUGUGUAUGAUGGAUGACAAGACAGUGGCUUCUACUGUUGAUAAAAGCACUUCAUAUAAUGAUUCUGUAAAGAAGAAGCUUUCUGGUGUUGACACUUCCAAGGCUUUGACUGCUUACCAGAAAAUAGAUGCUACAGAUGCUACUGGCCUUGCUUCUCAGAAACAGGAUUCUGAUAGAUCAAUAGAAAAACAGCAACCUGUCUCUUUGAUCAAAUCAAAAGAUGUAGAUAAUAGUAGGAAAGAAAUAAUCCCUGAUUGCAAUAUAAAUGAUUCUUUUAAAUUCGAGGGUACAGUUAAGUCAUCUGACAAUGCUGUCAGUUCCAAAAUGUUGAGUCAAGCUUGCAACAAUAUGUCCCUGAAAGAAGGUGGCGCUUUGUUGAAGCAGAUGGUAUGUGAUGACGAAGAAGAUCCAUUAGACUCUGCUCUCAACUCAGUCAGACGCCAGCAGUCAUUUGUGCCAAAGCCAAGCAUUUCUGCUCCCAAGAGACAACUCAUUCAGCUUCAAUCUCCUUCUCAAAAUAGAGCUGGCCAUUUACAUAGGUUGGAAGGUAGAAAAAGGUUCCAGCCUCCAAGGCUUGAUGAAUGGUAUAGACCUAUAUUAGAAUUGGAUUACUUUGCACUGGUGGGAGUAGCGUCAGCAAGUGAAAAUGAUAAACAUAAAGUUGCAAAAUUAAAGGAGGUUCCUGUGAAUUUCCAAUCACCUGAACAGUAUACUGGAAUUUUUUGUCCAUUAGUGUUGGAGGAAUUUAAAGCACAGUUACAUAGUUCGUUUCUAGAGAUGUCUUCAUGGGAAGAGGUGUAUUUUGGUAGCUUGUCAGUGCUUUCAGUUGAAAGAAUUGAUGAUUUUCACCUUGUUCGCUUUGCUCAUGAUGUCAAUGAUUCUAUAGCAUCAAGCAGCUUUUCAGAAAAUGACCUUGUAUUGCUAACAAAAGAGCCCCCACAAAAAUCUUCCCAUGAUGUUCAUAUGCUCGGAAAGGUGGAGAGGCGUGAGAGAGACAAUAAAAGGAGAUUAAAUAUAUUACUCAUCAGGUUCUAUCUUCUGAGUGGUACUUCACGCUUACAUCAAGCCAGAAGGAACCUCCUUGAACGUAGUAAAUGGCAUGCAAGUCGUGUUAUGAACAUAACAUCUCAACUUCGAGAGUUUCAGGCAUUAUCAUUGAUAAAGGAUAUCCCCUUGCUUCCGAUUAUUUUGAAGCCUGUCAAUGAUUCUCUUGACUCUAGUGUAAGCAAGGAAGUAGAUCUGAGUAAAUUGUCCCUACCCCUGGAGCGAAUACUGAAGUCUUCGUUUAAUGACAGUCAACUUCAGGCAAUUAGUAUUGCUACUGCAACACCUAGAUGGAAGAAAGAUUUCAAUUUAUCUCUUAUUCAGGGUCCUCCAGGUACCGGUAAGACAAGAACUAUUCUGGCCAUCGUCAGUGCAUUGCUUGCUUCUCCUCCACAGAAGAUAGAUUCUGAAAAGAAAUUUCUUGAUAGCAGUUCGAAACGAAUUUCAGUUCCUAAGAUUAACCAGGCUGCUGCUAUCGCAAGGGCGUGGCAGGAUGCAGCCUUGGCUAGACAACUGAAUGAGGAUGUACAGAGGAAUACAAAGUCUAUAGAAAGUUCCAUGAGAGGUAGGGUCCUCAUAUGUGCUCAAUCUAAUGCUGCUGUUGAUGAGUUAGUGUCAAGGAUUUCUAGCCAUGGCCUGUAUGGUAGUGAUGGAAAGACAUAUAAGCCAUAUCUUGUAAGGGUUGGAAAUGUGAAAACAGUUCAUCCAAAUUCGCUCCCAUUCUUUCUGGAUACAAUUGUUGAUCAACGUUUGGCAGAUGAGAGGAUGAAAUUGAAUGAUACAAAGAAUGAUUUGAGUUUGGAGUCUUCAAUUACACUGCGUGCUAAUCUAGAGAAGUUAGUCGACCGUAUUAGAUUCUAUGAAGCCAAACGUGCUAACUUAAGUGAUCGUAAUACUGACCUUAAGUCCUCGGAUGAUACAUGUAAGGAGGAUGAUGGGAAGGAAAUGUCUGAUGCAGAAAUAGCAUUCAAGUUGAGAAAACUGUAUGAGGAAAAGAGGCAAAUAUAUAAGGAUCUCAGUUCUGUUCAGCAGCAGGAGAAGAAAAUUAAUGAAGAAAUCAAAGGACUUAGAUAUAAACUGCGGAAGUCUAUACUAAGAGAAGCUGAAAUAGUGGUAACUACGCUAAGUGGCUGUGGGGGAGACCUUUAUGGUGUGUGUUCUGAAUCUAUGUCAAGUCAUAAGUUUAGCAGUCCAUCUGAACAUACCCUUUUUGAUGCUGUUGUUAUUGAUGAAGCUGCUCAAGCCCUGGAACCUGCAACUCUGAUUCCUCUUCAGCUUUUAAAGUCAACUGGAACCAAAUGUAUCAUGGUUGGUGAUCCAAAGCAGCUUCCUGCAACAGUUCUCUCAAAUGUUGCUAGUAAAUUUCUAUUUGAGUGCAGCAUGUUUGAACGUUUACAAAGGGCUGGCCACCCUGUUAUUAUGCUGACCAAACAGUAUAGGAUGCACCCAGACAUAUGUCUGUUUCCUUCUAUGCAUUUUUAUGAGAAGAAGUUGCUGAAUGGCGACGAUAUGUCUAGCAAAUCAGCACCAUUUCAUGAGACUGGAGGUCUUGGACCUUAUAUUUUUUAUGAUGUUAUUGAUGGGCGGGAGCUUCGUGGUAAGAAUUCUAGUGCCAUGUCCCUAUAUAAUGAGCAUGAAGCUGAUGCUGCAGUUGAAUUACUCAAGUUUUUAAAAAAGAGGUACCCUUCUGAAUUUCAUGGUGGAAGAAUUGGCAUCAUAACUCCAUAUAAGUCUCAACUGGCACUUCUGCGUUCUCGUUUCUCUAGUGCAUUUGGAUCUUCUAUCAUAGAUGAUAUGGAACUUAAUACUGUUGAUGGUUUCCAAGGUCGGGAGGUUGAUAUACUAAUACUUUCCACUGUUAGAGCAGCAGAACCAAGCUCUGCUGCACCUGGAAACAAUUCCAGCAGUAUUGGAUUUGUUGCUGAUGUUAGAAGGAUGAAUGUUGCUCUGACGAGAGCCAAACUCUCACUUUGGAUUUUGGGAAAUGCAAGGACUUUGCAGACGAACCAAAACUGGGCUGCUCUUGUAAAAGAUGCUAGAAAGAGGAAUUUGGUUAUAACAACUAAAAUGCCUUACAAUUACACAUUUGAAACAGCUCUCCAGAAAAAUUCUGGCAAUCAUUUAUUAGAGUCGCAGCGUAGUCAGAAGAUCCAUGAUGCUACUCAGCAUGCGAAAAGAACUGAUCGAAGUGCAGAUGAAGCACUUGACAGAAGAACAAAGCGCAUGGGUCCUGUUCCUCAGAGUAACAGAAGACUUCAUGGAGGUGAAAAAGAUGUUUCUGGAACUAAAGAGGAUGUCAGAUCUGAAAAUGUAACGGCUGGUGAAAUCCAUCCACUUGGCCACAGUAAAGUUUCCAAGGAUGUUGGGUCUGCAAUGCCACAAAAACAUGUAAUGGAUGGUGAAAGUACAGAUAAAGAGAGCAGAAAAAGGAAAAAUAGUUUGGAGAAUACUCAAAUGGGUAAAAGAAAAGUUAAAUUUGAAAAUUCAAAGAGAGAUGCAGAUAACUCUGAACAAAGAGGAGGUGAUGGGCUUCGUCCUAUUAAAAUGCAAGAGUCGAAAAGAGCUAAGAAAAUUUCCGAGGGUGAUAGAAGCCAGACAAAUCAGGUUUCAGCUCCCACAAAUCAAAUGAAGGAUGCAAGUGAUGGAGGUAGAGCUUCAAAUCAAUCUGGAACUUCUCAAGAUUUAAUUGCAAAAAGGAAACAACAGCGUGAAGCUGUUGAUGCUAUUCUUUACUCGGCUCUGAUUCCUUCAAAGAGUUCCAAAUCUGAAACAUCAAUGAGACCUGUGCCUGCCAAAAGACCUCUAUCUUCCUCAACUGCAGGUGGUGGCAUAAAACCAGCAAAGACAAGGAAAGAUUAACUUGAAUGUUCUCAUCCUUUAGCUAGUGUUUAUUUGGCCAGCAUUUCAACUCUCCGUUUCCUCUUGAAGAACCGAGACAAUGUACCCAGGAGACAACCUACUAGGUUUUGGGCUGGAGCCUACUCUGCCUGUUCAUCUGUUUGGGGAACCAGAUUGAGAAUCUCGUAAGCUCUGUGGCAGACUGUGAUGAAGAUGUCCAGCUGACUGCUUGCUUAAUAUGAGGUACUUGGUUGAUUCCCUCUGCAUUAUUCCUUCAGAACAUCCGAAAGGAUUGAAACUAUGAUACAGGGCUUUUGAAGUGAAUGAGUUCCUCCAAAAUUUGGAACUCCAUUCGUGCACCAUUGUAAAUUAGUCUUUUGAUUGGUGCGAGUGUAACUACACAGUAGAAUUCAGUUGAAAUCCAGUAAUCCACUACGGUCAUCUAUAGGUCUGUGUAAAUAUCAGUUGAUGUAAAUACUUAUCGCCUCGUACAACGAAAGCAAGUUUUGAUCACAGGUAGUUUUAUUUGACACCAGGGUGUUGUGCUAGCUACCUAGCAUAAUCUGAUCAUUCAUCAAUUUUAUUUGUAUGUUGUGUGUUU